AUGGUGCUGGUGCGGGAGAUGUCUUUCUUUGGAGAUAAAUAUUGGAGGGACAGCCCCUUCCCCCACGCAUUUGGGGGGGGUGGAUUCGAGCCACACACCCGGGGAGGCGCUGGGCGUGGCUGGCGGCUCCUCGGAGCCCCGCCGGGGGCUACUUGGCUGCCCCUAGUGCCACCCCGCUGGGUGUCUUCGCUGGCAGGGGGAGCCGGGAGCGGCAAGUCGGUGUGCGAGGGCUGCCAGGGCGUCAUCUCGGACCGGUUCCUGCUGCGGCUCAAUGACCGCUUGUGGCACGAAGGCUGCGUGCGCUGCGCCGCCUGCGAGGAGCCGCUGGAGACCACCUGCUUCUACCGGGACAAGAAGCUCUACUGCAAGCUCGACUACGAGAAGCUCUUCGCGGCCAAGUGCGGCGGCUGCUUGGAGGGCAUCGCGCCCAGCGAGCUCGUCAUGCGGGCCCAGCAGAGCGUCUACCACCUGGGCUGCUUCUGCUGCUGCGUCUGCGAGCGGCGGCUGCAGAAGGGCGACGAGUUCGUGCUGAAGGAAGGCCAGCUGCUGUGUAAGGGCGACUACGAGAAGGAGCGGGAGCUGCUCAGCCUGGUGAGCCCGGCUUUGUCGGAUUCCGGGAAAAGCGACGAUGAAGAGAAUCUAUGCAAAAUGGGCCGUGGGCCCGGGAAAGGCGCUGAGGAGAGCAAGGAUCACAAGCGUCCCAAAAGGCCCCGGACGAUCCUGACAACGCAGCAGCGGCGGGCGUUCAAAGCCUCGUUUGAGGUCUCCUCCAAGCCGUGCAGGAAGGUGCGAGAGACGCUGGCCGCCGAGACGGGGCUGAGCGUGCGGGUGGUGCAGGUCUGGUUCCAGAAUCAGCGGGCCAAGAUGAAGAAACUAGCCAGGAGGCAGCAGCAGCAGCAGCAAGAUCAGCAAAACACCCAGCGGCUCAGCUCAGCUCAGGCAAACAGUGGUGGGAGCGCUGGCCUGGAGGGGCUCCUGAACCCAUACACCACGCUGCCCCCCCCGCAGCAGCUGCUGGCUAUUGAGCAGGGCGCGUACAGCUCGGACCCCUUCCGGCAAGGCCUCACCCCGCCCCAGAUGCCAGGAGAUCACAUGCACCCCUAUGGCGCCGAGCCCCUUUUCCACGACAUGGAUAGUGACGAUACCUCCCUUAGCAACCUGGGCGACUGUUUCCUGGCGCCGUCAGAAGCUGGGCCGCUGCAGCCAAGACUAGGAAACCCCAUUGACCAUCUGUACUCCAUGCAGAACGCCUAUUUCACUUCAUGAGCCUUCGUCCUGUCGCCCGGCCAGGCUCGGGUGCUUUGACAUUACCGGUGAAACUCACUGCAGCUCUGGGCCUGGGCUUGUGUCAUGGGAAUGCUGUCAGACACUGUUUUAUAGCUCAGUAUUUUCAAGGACUGACUAAGUUAUGAAUCACAUAGUGUAAUGUUUCUAUUAGCAUCCUAGUAGUAGACACCACGUAUUUAUUAUAGCUGGCCUGCAUUUCUCAACUUGAAAUUUCAACGGGGAAAAAAACAUGGUUCUACAUUUCUAUUAAAUGUUGCCAUUCCCCCACUCCCCCCAUCCGGCUAUACAAAGGGCUGAUUAAAAACAAUGAUUCGUGUCUUUAUUUUUAUCUUGAAAUGCAGACGAAAUUGGGGUGGGGAAUGAAAAAAACGGGGCACAAUCGGUGCAAAGAUUUCAUAAUUCCAUCCUCCCCUUGUGAUUGACUGGGAUUUAUUUCAGCCACGCCCUGCGAUAUCCAGGCCACUCAAGUGUGUCAUAGGGCAUGACCUUCUGGCCUUCCGUUCUAUGAACACACGAUUUCAGGUCUCCUGCAGACAUGGUCAGAGACGUCCCAUUUUGGCAAGAUUUGAAAACGCAAUGGGAAAAAAUGUGGAAAUGGUCACUGUAUUUUUUUUCCUGUUUCUCUCUAUUGAUAAAACCAGGGACUUUUAAUAUAGACAUUCUCAUACAAGUAUAGACAGCUAGGAACUCCUAAUCUCUCUCGCUAACGGGGAAACUCCAGGCAAGAGGUAGGUAUGUUUCCAUGUGUGCGCGUGGGGAGGUGUAAGUAUGUCUGUACUCCACAGAUGCACGUGCCAUAGAGAAUCAACAAAGUUUAUUCCUAAUUCUAUCAGAAAUGUACUGUACAGCAAAAGUAACUUUAUUUUCAGCGUGAACCGUAUUUAAGGAAAUGCUCGAUGCACUUAAGUUAUAAGAGACUGAUUGACUUUUAUAAAGGUUAUGUUUAGUUUGCAAAAGCCCUCCGGCACGGGGAAGGAACAUUUGCUUCGGUGAAGGCGAGAGCUCUUUGGUGCGUUCAGAUUGGCUCGGUGGCUUUUAAAGGCCGGUUAUAAUCCAAAGAGCAUCCGUGUCAGCCACCAGAAUCUGAUCUUGCUCCACUGAAGUCAAAGGCAUGGACAUCAAUGGGGUCGGAUCAAGUCCCCUCGAGUCUUCAAAGUCCAGCUGACCACCUUGGGAGAUUUCCAUCCCUGACCCCGGUAAAGCGCUAGGAGCGUGAACACGUUUCCCCCACGCAUCACCAGCAAGCGGUUUAGCCCUAGACGCCUGCAGAUGCGGUGACCAGCACGGGCUCCUCAGUCUCCAAAUACAGACCUGACCCAAAUCCCAGUAAAGCCAAUGGAAAACCUCCCAUUGGGAUCGCUGUGUGUUGAACCCGGUCCUGGGAGGAGUUUUUCCAUGAUCCUGGAGUAGGCAGAUCCUGGUGUGACCAUUAACAGAGGCUGGAUUUGCCCCGGGGCCAGCCCUGACUAGCUAUGGUGCAAUGGCAGAAUAUAGGGGCCAGGAAAUUACAGCUUCAUAGCUAUGCAUUAGUGCUGGAACUGGUGGGGGAGGCUGCUGCACCCCCUGGAUUGAAGUGGGUUCCAUUAUAGCCAAGGUUUCCAGCUCACCACAGCCAACCUAACUCAUGUACGUGGAUAGAAGAAGUCUUCUACUGACCUAGCUAUUGCCUCUCCUGACGGCACGUUGGGAGUCCCCGCUCCUGCUGGCGUAGUUAGCAGCUACACGGCACCAUGGUAGCGUUUUAAGGGGCGACAAGCCCUUACGUGCUGCUGCUGAGCACAGAUGACUUUUCCAGGACCCUGGCAGGCAGCGUGAGGGCCACACUUCGGGUUUGUUCAUGCGACCAGCUGGGGCGUGACUCUACCCUGUGCUAGCCGUGUGGGCGGAGGUGGGCAUGCGUGCUUUGCUCCCGUUGCAAAGCAGAGUAGCUCACCGGGUACUGCAGAACGCUGAGUGCUCGGGGCAGGGUGAGGUUGGGAAGGGCCGUCCACUUCCCACCCGCACGCUGCACUGAAGCCGCGGGCACCUUGGCGGCGUUUUUCUCCGACUCGAGCCCUGCGCGGAGGCGGGCGCAGCCCCAUCCUUCUCCUGGUAGCGUUUCUGUGUUGUGUAAUCGUGUGCUGUUGUCCUGGAUGCAUUAUGCAAACCGCAACAUGUAGGGGAACAAAAGGAACGGUGGCGCGGUUGUGUCCGGCGAGGGGCCGUGGGAAAGAUCUGACACCAACUUUAAUGGAGGGGGGGAAAAAACUGUGCUAGAAGCUGACACACCCCCGGAAGUGACGUACUAAGAUUGAAUUAAAAAUCUCUGCAAAGCGCCUGGUCUCUUUGUGUGUGUGACAUGGCCUGUUUCCUCUGCCGUUAGCAGAAGGUCUCUCGGGGGC